AUGAGACCUCCUCAGAUUCUCAAUCUUCUCGAAGAUGCAGCUGCCUACAGCUCUCACAACAGUAUUGUUGCCUACUCCCUGGGCGCUUCCAAGCCUCGGGAGAUUAGAUAUGAUGAGUUACGUGCUUUGGCAGUAUUCAAUGGAAAGCUUUUGCGAAGAGUUUUGAACCGCCAAGAAGGCUCAAUUGUUCUCAUUCACUUUGAGGAUCACCUUGAGAAUAUCAUUUGGUUAUGGUCGACUAUCUAUGCAGGAUAUGUUCCAGCCAUGUCGACUGCAUUCCCUCGCGAUACACACCACUGCGAAAAGCACUUGGCUCACUUGAAGUCUAUUCUCGAUGACCCCAUCUGCCUCACCCGGUCAAGCUUGAUGGGCCAGUUUCCCACGCCUUCCAUAUUGACAGUUCUUGACGUCGAUGAUAUUCUGCAUUCUGCCACUGCGGUGGCAGAGCCAACAGAACAUUGUAUCAGGCAGAAGAAUAAAUGCACUGAUUUGGCUCUCCUGAUGUUGACUUCAGGGAGCACUGGCAACGCCAAAGCUGUUUGCUUGACACACUCCCAAAUCUCAGCCUCGGUUGCCGGUAAAGCAUCUAUGCUCCCCAUCCGUGCCGAGGACAACGAUAUUGUUUCAUUCCUGAACUGGAUACGCCUCGAUCACGUUGGCAGCUUGAUAGAAAUACACAUGCACGCUUUGUUUGUUGGUGUGAGCCAGGUCCAUGUACAGCCCGAAGACAUCAUUGCCACGCCAACACUUUUCCUCGAGAGGAUUCAUCAUCACCGAGUUGUCAGGACCUUUGCUCCCAAUUUCUUUCUUUGCGAGCUUGCCCGUGUGCUCGAGUCUGGGGGUAUUAAUACCACUCCUGACCUCAGUUGCCUGGAAUAUAUUGUCUCAGGUGGCGAAGCAAACCUUGUCGAGACGUGCGUCCGCAUAUCACAACUCUUGGCAAAAUAUGGAGCGCGGGAUAAUGUGAUCGUGCCCGGAUUUGGAAUGACAGAGACCUGUGCCGGCUCGAUAUACAGUCUGGCUUGUCCGUCAUAUGACGUGACACGCCAGCAUGAAUUUGCUUCCCUGGGAUAUUGCGUUCCUGGUAUUGAGAUGAGAGUUAGUGGACCAGCUGGAAGCUUAGAGAUCCGAGGUCCGAUUGUCUUUCCGCAAUACUACAACAACGAGCUUGCCACCGCAGAGGCCUUUACGCCCGAUGGGUGGUUCAAGACAGGUGAUACAGCAAAAAUCGACGCCACGGGUAGACUCUGUCUAUCUGGGCGAACUAAAGAGCUCAUUUCAAUCAACGGAGUCAAAUUCCUUCCGAUCGAGGUACAAGGUGCAAUAGAAGAAGGAAACUUUGAAGGCAUCACGCCUGGAUAUGUCGUUUGCUUCGCUACCCGGCCAGCUGGCGCACCGACAGAGCAAGUUGCCGUUAUCUAUCUGCCAACUUAUGCUCCAGAUAACAUUGAGAUGCGGUAUCAAACGCAGGCUUCUAUCACGAAAGCAGUGCUAGCGUUCACAAGUUCGCGUCCAUACAUUCUGCCACUCGAAGAGCGUCACCUACAAAGAACUGCGCUUGGCAAAUUGUCGGGCUCCAAGCUUCGAUUGGCUCUAGAAAGCGGCGAAUACUGCGACCAAGAGGCAGCCAAUGACUUGGCGGUGAAAACAUACCAGGAAAUGACAUACUGUCCACCAGAAGGCCCAGUUGAAGAGGCCAUUUUAGAGGAACUGGAGAAACUUUUGGACAUUCCUCAAAAGACAAUUGGCGUUGACGCCAUGAUGUUCGAGCAUGGCUUGACCUCGGUGGAUCUGAUGAAGCUUAAGAAACGCAUCGAGCAGAGGCUUCAGCUGAACCCUGAUGACAUACCAAUCAUCACAUUGAUGAAAAACCCAACUGUUCGAGGGCUGGCAAAUGCGCUGCAGGAAUCUGAUACGCCCCAGGAAUACAAUCCUGUCGUUACACUCAACUCCCAAGGAACGAAAACCCCUCUGUGGCUUAUCCAUCCUGGCGUUGGAGAGAUUCUCGUGUUUCUCGGCCUGAGCACUUUCAUUACCGAGCGUCCAGUAUACGCGCUGAGAGCACGAGGCUUCAAUGAUGACGAAAGUCACUUUCUAGAUAUUGCAGAAUGUGUUGCAACCUACCAUGCCGCCAUUAAGAAGAAACAGCCCCGGGGCCCAUACGCACUCGCUGGUUACUCUUACGGCUCUAUGCUCGCAUUUGAGGUUUCCAAGGCCCUCGAGGAAGAGGGCGACGAAGUACGCUUUGUCGGCUGUUUUAACUUGCCGCCACAUAUCAAGUUCCGCAUGCGUCAGCUGGACUGGACAGAAUGCCUUCUACAUCUUGCGUUUUUCCUUGACCUCAUGACUGAAGAUCAUGCUCAAAUUAUACGCCCUGAUAUAUUAGACCUUCCAAAAUCCGAUGCCAUUGUCCAGGUUAUCAAGGCUUCCUCGGUGGAACGGUUAACAGAUCUCUCAAUCACAGCAGCAAAAUUGGAACGAUGGGCCAGUUUGGCUUAUGGAUUACAGAGCAUGGCGCGGGAUUAUGAUCCGAGUGGAUCAGUGGGUAGCAUGGACGUCUUUUAUUGCGAGCCAUUGACUGUCGUUGCUAGUAGCAAGCAACAAUGGCUGGAGGAUCAUCUUCAUCGAUGGAGGGACUUUGUGAGGAAUAGCGAAGUCAAGUACCAUGAUGUUGCCGGACAUCAUUACACGAUGCUUUCUCCCUUGCAUGUGCGUGGCUUCCAAGCAACAUUGCGCAAGGCGUUAGUGGCUAGAGGGUUGUGA